UUCGUCCUUGGUUCACAUAAAAGCUACGCGCAUUAUGUACAUUCCCAAAUAUUGCAUCUCGUAGAUUUUAAGCGUAAUGGUCGCUCAGAGGAUGAAUUCAUUGCUGAAAUGGACAGCGAUACUUAUUUGCCUAUUUUCCUUUAUCCUAAACAUCGUGCUUAUAUGCCUUAAUUCAAAUAAGGUGCCAAAAUGCACUUCGAAGCCGCUUCAUCCUUUGAGGGUCCAGCACAACCCGCGCAGCGCCGUCUUCGCCGACUUGUCUGCAAAUGAAUAUCUCCAAGUGCGCGACUACAUGCUUAAUCUGAAAAACGUGGACAUUUCGAAUCUUAGUCUUACCGAGCCCUCCAAAAACUUCUUGUUUUUAAUUGAUCUCUCUUUGCCGAAGAAAAUGGAUGCCCUGCGCUACCUAGAUAGUAACGGGCCCAAACCAAUAAGGGAGGCGACCGUCGUGGUGUUCCACGGCAGCCAUGGAAACAUCAAGGAGUACGUGGUGGGACCUCUUCCACAUCCGAAAUACCACCAGGAUGUCACCAUGAAGAAGUACAAAACCGAGUUGCCUAUCAACGCGCGAACAGUCACAAUUGGGGAGUAUGCCCUUAUUUUUCAGUUUCUCGACAAGGAGGUAUUUUCGAAACUUGGUCAAAUCAUGAAAGAAAGUUUUGAUGUCAGCAAAGAAAAGAAUUUGAAUGCAUUUGAGGGAAUGCCCAGAGGUGUCCAGUCGGGUGACAGACAAACGUGGAUAUCUUUUUUCAGGGAUUUGAGCGGGAUGUACAUACACCCCGUAGGAUUCGAAGUCUUGGUCAACCACAACAGCACAGACUCAUCCAAUUGGAAAGUUGAGAAGGUGCUUUACAACGGAAUAUAUUUCAACGGUGUGGAGGACCUGAAACAACAAUACGAGUCAGGGAAUGUAGAUAAAAUUGUCUUUAAAUCUCUUCCGAAUUAUGCAUCGUUGAAACUCAAAAGUAAACCAACAGGAUUGAGCCCACAGCAAUAUUACGCAAAAGGCAAACGCUUUAGUGUCCAGGAUAAUCAUGUCAUAUACCUUGACUGGAGUUUUGCGUUUGGGUUGAGUUCACUUACCGGUAUGAGAGUUUUUGACGUAAAUUUCAAGGGGGAGAGAAUAGUUUAUGAACUAAGCGUACAGGAGGCAAUGUCGGUGUACGGUUCUGUCACACCGGGGAUGAUUCUGACAAAGUUUCUUGAUUCCAGCAUCGGAAUAGGGCGCUUUGCCCACGAACUCGUCCGAGGAAUAGAUUGUCCAUAUGAGGCAGCAUACAUUGACACCUACCGAUACAUCGACAUCGGUACCCCCCAGCGAUUUAGGAAUUCUAUAUGCGUUUUUGAGCACAAUACCGGCCGUCCUCUUAGGAGACAUUUUUCUGACUUUUUUCAUAACAAUUAUGGAGGACUAGUUAACAGCGCCUUGGUGUUUAGGACAAUCACAGCCAUAGGCAACUAUGACUACAUAUGGGACUUCAUCUUUUAUCAGAGUGGUUCAAUUGAGGCCAAGGUGCACGCCACUGGAUACAUCUCUUCAUCUUUCAAAGUGGACGGCAGUUUAAAACACGGCCACCAGGUGGCGGAAAACACAAUUGGAAACAUCCACACCCAUUUCAUCAAUUUCAAAGUUGAUUUGGACAUAUUAGGCGUUAAAAAUGUGUUCCAGACCAAGGACAUGAAGUAUGUGAAGGUGCCACUGCCCUGGAAGCCAGAGCGCUCUGCCAUGGUUCCACAGCUGGUGGAGAAGCAACUGAAGACGGAGCAGGAGGCUGCACUCCGCCACGACACCAAGAUUCCACGUUACCUCCACAUCGCCAGCAAUCGCACCAACCGAUGGGGCCACCAGCGUUCAUACCGCCUCCAGGUGGUCACCUUCGCUGGAGAACCCCUUCCAGAGGCAGAACCAGAGGAGAAGUCUAUGUCUUGGGCUAGGUAUAAAGUGGCCAUAACCAAGCACAAGGACUCGGAGCAGACUAGUAGCAGUCUGUACAAUCAGAACAACAUCUGGACUCCAGCAGUCGACUUCAGCAAGUACAUUGAGGACAAUGAGAGUAUCGAAAAUGAGGACCUGGUUGCCUGGGUAACCGCUGGCUUCCUUCACAUCCCUCACGCUGAGGACAUCCCUAACACAGUUACCGUGGGGAACGGGGGCGGGGUCAUCCUUAGGCCUCACAACUAUUUCGAUGAGGACCCGUCCAUCCACUCUGAGGAUGGGGUGUAUAUCGCACCUGGCUCAGAGGAGAGCUGUGAGAGUAACAAGAUGGCCUGCUUGGCUGAGGACACCUGCAGCCCUGUCCUCGAACCCUUCACCUUCCAUGGCUUUGAGGGAACAAUGAAGUUUGAGUGACACCCUCUUAAUCCGUUGGGUACACUUGUUUAGCUUGAUCUCACAUAGAGAUCUUCAAAUGUGUGGCCAAGCACAGUUGCCGAUUGCAUUUUAAAGCUUCACAUCUCCAAGGCAGUAUAAGGAUGAAAAAAUAGACAAUUUUUCAGAUAAUGAAUACGUCAAAAUUACAUUGGGAAUUUUGUAUUCCUUUUGGGUAGUAAGACAUCCUUCCUUUGCACUUGCUAAUUUUAACUGUGUUAUGCAUUAACAUAGAGACAAUUUAUCUCCCACGUUUUAUUAACUCCAGUCAUCCUUAUAACCACUGCCUACACUUUUUUUUUAUUCUUUAUGGCACUGAAUUUUACUAAUUUUAACAUUGUUUUGAACACCACAUGCAUACAUGUACCAAUGCAUUAACAACAUAUACGAUUUAUCUCCCACAUUUUAUCAACUCCAGUCAUCCUUACAACCACUGCCGACACUUUUUUAUACAUAUUAACAUUAUUGGUUGGUUGCCUGUGUAUAGAUGCACAAAGUUAAUUGUAUUUGAACAGCUGAUGGUGUCCAAGACAAAGUUUCAUCAGGACAAUAACAUCUAUCACAAGUGUGUGUUUGAUAUAGGACACGUUUGAUUCUACAUAGUUCUUUUUAACUUCACUAAUAGCGUACAGAAAUAUUAUGUAAGACGGUUUAUAAAAUAAAGGCAGUUUGUUUAAAUGGUCCAGACA